AUGGGUUGCUUAAUAAUAUGUCUCUCUCAACUCUUUUUCCUCGUGUUUCUCUUGCAUUCUCAACCUACUUCUUCAUCAUCUUUCUCCUCUUCUUCUACACUAUCGUGUUCCCAAGAGCAGAGCUCAGCGUUGCUCAAAUUUAAGCAACUUCAUUCUUAUCCAACUUCUUCUUCUUCCAAAUAUUCUGAUGACUGUGAUCAAAAGAAAGAGUCUUGGAAGGAGGGCAGAGAUUGUUGCUCAUGGGAUGGGGUUACGUGUGAUACAAUGGGGAGAGACGUGAUUGGCCUUGACCUUAGUUGCAGUGAGCUUCAAGGCACCAUUCAUUCCAAUAGUAGCCUCUUUCUUCUCCCUAACUUGCAACAGCUCAACCUUGCUUUCAACUGCUUCAAUUCACCGAUUUCAUCUGGCUUUGGUCAGUUUGCUAAGUUGGAAAAACUUGAUCUUUCUUCUUCUCAGUUUUCUGGUCAAGUCCCACAUGAACUAUCCAAACUCUCCAAACUGUCCUCACUAGAUCUCUCAAACAAUAAACAAGUUAGUCUCAAUACAUCUGUCAUGAGGAGGCUUGUUCAAAAUCUGACCAAGCUAAGAGAACUCCGUCUUGAUGGUGUUCAGAUGUCACUUGUUUUGCUUGAUUCUUUGAUGAAUCUGUCCUCUUCUUUGACAGUCCUUAGUCUCAAUGGUUGUGGAUUGCAUGGCAACUUACCAUAUAACAUUUUCCGCCUACCAAACCUAAGGGAGCUCAGUUUAAUUUGUAAUCCUGAACUCAGAGGGGCUUUCCCAACGACAAAUUGGAGCAAUCCCUUGAUGUUUUUGGAUGUCUCUACCACAGGUUUCUCAGGACCAUUGCCAAAUUUCAUUGACAAUCUAAAAUUCUUAAAGCAUUUGGGAUUAUCUCAGUGCAAUUUCAAUGGCUUGAUACCUGCGUCAUUUGGUAACCUUACGCAAAUUACUGAAUUAGAUUUAUCAGGUAACAAUUUUGUUGGUGAGUUGCCAUCAUCACUUUCAAACCUCAAGAACCUGUCCUUCUUGAAUCUCCGAUGCAACAAGUUAAGUGGAUCAAUACCCGAGUCCUUUGGAAACCUCACGAAAGUUACUUAUUGUUACCUUUCAUCUAACAGCUUCAUUGGCCACAUUCCAUCAUCACUCUCAAAUCUAAAGGAUCUCACUUUUCUGGACCUCGGAGGCAACAAUUUUGAAGGUACACUUCCAGAUUUUUUGACCAAGCUCACAAAACUCACAAAUUUAGACUUAAAUUCUAACCACCUUAUUGGUCAAAUUGGUGAAUUCCAAAAUGCCAAGUCAUUGGAGAUUCUUUUGUUAUAUAAUAACAGGCUAAAUGGCUCUGUUCCAAAGUCAAUCUCAAAUCUGGUGAAACUUCAGAAGCUUGAUAUUUCUUCAAAUAAUCUGAGUGGCACUAUAGAAUUUGAUAUGUUCUCAAAGCUCAAUGUAAUCGAUUUUCUAGACCUAUCCUAUAACAGUCUGUCUUUGAGCAUCAACAACAAUUUAAAGUAUACCUUCCCCAAACUUAAAUACUUGAAACUAGCAUCUUGCAACAUAACUAAAUUUCCGUACUUAAGAACCUUGUUCUUAGACACCUUAGACCUAUCUAACAAUAGGAUCAAAGGCCAAGUCCCAAAAUGGAUGUUUAAAGAGCUAGGGAAUUUGAAAUCAUUAAAUCUUUCUCAUAACUCUCUGACAAGUAUAGAGCAAAUUCCAGGAGAGAAUUUAGAAAAUCUUGAUCUUCAUGCCAACUUUCUUCAAGGAACUUUUCCUGUUCCACCAUCUUCCGUGGUUUUCUUUUCUAUCUCAAACAAUAAAUUGACUGGGGAAAUACCUUCUUCAAUUUGCAAUCUAACCCUCCAAAUCCUUGAUAUCUCCUUUAACAAUCUAACUGGUACGAUUCCACGAUGUUUGGGAUACUUGAGUGAUUUUCUCUCGGUGAUGGAUUUGCGAACAAAUAGAUUCCAUGGAACCAUCCCUGAAAUGUUUGCAAAGUGCAAAAGCUUGAGAACUCUUGUCUUUAAUCACAAUCAAUUGGAAGGGUCAUUACCACAAUCUUUGGUCAAUUGUAAAAAGUUGGAAGUUCUAGACUUUGGAAAUAACAAAAUAACUGAUUCAUUCCCCUAUUGGUUGGAAGCGCUUCCAAAGCUACAAGUUCUUGUCUUGAGGUGCAAUAGAUUUUAUGGCCAAAUUGAAGAUUUCAAGGCCAACUCAUCUUUUGCUAUGUUGCGAAUAAUUGACCUUUCUCAAAAUAAUUUUAUGGGUCAUUUAACUUCCAAUUUUUUUGAAGGAUUGAAAGCUAUAAAAAUAGUCAAUGAAAGUGAAGUUUCAUUGAAAUAUAUUGGGGAAGACUAUUACCAAGACUCAGUAAUGGUGGUAUGGAAAGGGCAUGAACGUAUGCUAGAGAGAAUCUUAACCAUCUUCACUACCAUUGACCUCUCAUGCAACAAGUUCCAUGGGCAAAUUCCAAAAGUACUUGGAAAACUUCAGUUUCUUCGAGAGCUCAACCUCUCCCACAAUAGCCUAACUGGCUAUAUCCCAUCAUCGUUGGGAAAUUUGUUGCUACUUGAAUCCUUAGACCUCUCUUCAAAUAUGCUCAAUGGCUCCAUUCCAAUGCAAUUAACAAGUUUAACAUUUUUAGCUGUUUUAAACCUUUCACAAAACAAACUUAUAGGACCCAUACCUCAAGGCCUACAAUUUAAUACAUUUCAAAACAACUCAUACAUUGGGAACAAAGGAUUGUGUGGAUUUCCAUUGUCCAAGAAAUGUAGGAUUGUUGAGCCACCAUCAUCUGAAGAGGACAACGAUUUAAAGUUUACAAGUGGAUUUGGUUGGAAGGCUGUGAUGAUGGGGUAUGGAUGUGGAUUCGUGUACGGGAUAGCUAUGGGAUAUCUUGUUUCCAAGUCUAGAAAACCUCAAUGGCUUGUAAGCUUGGUUGGGAUAUCUUGUUUCCAAGUCUAGAAAACUUCAAUGGCUUGUAAGCUUGGUUAAAGGAGAAUAGUAUCUAAAGAAGAGAAGGGAGUAAUAAUUAAACAUCAAGAGAAGGAUGAAAUUAAAGCAAUUAAGGGGUGGUUGA